AAAAUAUUCACCAAUAAUCGAUAAACGCAGAUCAUUACCGACUAGAAAUUUGGAUCGUCAGUUAUCUAAAAUUUUAAGUAUUAAAAAUUAUUUUCUAAAAUAGUUCUUUUCUGCAGUAUAUCCAUGUUACACUUUUAACAUGAAUAUUGUGACGGAUUCAGAGAGUAAAACAUCCUGUGUGUUUUAAAUAUCAACAAUAGGGAAACUUUAAAAUGAAGUUUUUAGUUUUUGUGCUUUUUAUUAAUUCUUGUGCCUCUUGGACGAUGAAGAAUGAUCUACAGAUACAGAAUGAUACACGUAGAUCUAUUCUUCUAAGCCAGUUUGGUUUCUACUCGGGAGGCUAUUUGGAAAUAAUAUUGAGCAAUUUCACGGCAUACUCUCCAAGUGGCUCGACUCUGUUUGGUUUCAGCGUGGAAAGGAACUUUUGUGAACACAGUGCCGAGCCUUAUUUGUAUGGAGAUGGAGAUGUUUGCAUUUUUAAAGAUAUUCAAGUACAGACGAAAGAAAUUGUCAUAUUUUUGUUAGAUUUAGACAAACGCCAGCUUCAAAUGAAAUGCGAAGGUAUAUACAACUAUUUUAAUAUAUACACGCAGAAACACGACUUUGACUCUGGCAUUAUCAAUAAUUGUUCAGAUUUAAAUAUUCCUCUGUUAUCAGCUGAUCAUAAUGGACAUACACAUUAUAGCACAUCGUUCUUAAUGGAAAUAAAAAGCAAACAAAAAGAAGGAUUUUACGCAUUCGGUUUCCAUCGCUGCCCUGUCGAUGAAACGAAAGCAGUAGAAGAAUCCCAAAUAGAUUUCAACAUCGAAUUUUUAGAAGAUAACCCAACCAGAAUGAACCUUCUUGACGAAAACGAAACAUCGACCUCUACUAUAACAACCGAAGAAUCACACGUCGACAUAAAUAUAAACACUCAGCCCAGGCUUCCCUUAAAUAUUAAAAUUUUACCGAAAAUUAAAGCGGUGGACCAUACAACAAUGCAGGAAAUGGAAACCACUACAUCCAUUAGGACGACUUUGACUACUGAUUCAACUCAAACAAAUCCAGUAGAGCCACCAAAAUUACCGAUAUCCACAGUCACAACCGAAGAAACAACUCUACUUACAAGUUCAACAACAACAGUGUUAUCUUCGAGUACUACGACACAAACAGAAGAAACAACUCGACUUACAACAUCAACAACAGUAGUACCUUCAAGUACCACGACGCUAGAAUCAAUGUUACCUUCAGGAACAACUAUACAGGAACCAACUUCCCCUAUUAGCACAACAAUAGAAAAACCUAGUUCACCUACCAGCACAACGAUAGAACAAAGUUCACCUACAACUACAACGAUAGAAGAACCUUCCUUUGCCACAAACAUAGCUACAGAAGGAUCGAGUGUACCUACUAGUAUAACGACAGAACCACCUGUUGACUUUAGUAUGCCUUCUAACAACAGUACAGAUACAUUAAAAGAUGAAAAAUCGUCAGGUAUCCUGUACAUCAUAAUGUCUAUUCUAUUUUUCCUGGUAGCUAUAAUUAUGUUGGUUCUCUUAAUAAAGGCAGGUUUAACACACAAGAUACAUUUUAUGAUGGUCGCAGUGAUGUUUUUAAAGGCCUCAGUUCUAGUGCUACGUGCUGGCGGUUGGUAUUACGUUAGGAAGUAUCGCAAACACUCGCCUAUCCUGGAUAAAGCUUACUAUGGAGUCGAAAUUGCAAGAGGAGGCUUCCAAUCCAUUACUCAAUUACUCUAUGGCACCGGAUGGGAUGUCAGUAAACACACAUUAUCGGCAAAAGAAAAAAUUAUCCUAAUCAUUGCAGCUCCAAUUCAGAUUUUAGCAAUAGCAGGGCAAGUUCUUCUGCCUAAAAGUCAAGAAAAUCCAGCCAAUGUAUCCAACUUAACAACACCAGAAAAUGCAAUGAAUGUAUCCCAGUUACCUUCAAUAGAUCAAAUAGGAUUUAAUUCACUAGCAAAUGCAAUCAACAUAUCCCAGUUACCAUCAAUAGAUCAAAUAGGCUUAAAUUCAACAAUGAUUAAGGUUCAAGCAGCUGCAACAGAUUUAUUAACGGAUUUUCAGAACUCUACGAUGUAUACAACUUUCAGGAUCAUGAUCAUUGUGUUGGAUUGGGCUGGCACAAUAUUUAUGUUGAUUCCAGUGAUUUUGACCAUCAGACAGAUAUGGGCUAGACGACGAUCUGUUGGUAGAUGUGCAAUGUUAAAUAGAUUCCGAGUUUUCUUCGUGCUUCUAUUGGUUUAUAUGUAUGGUACACGUAUUCUUCUCUACGAACUAGAAACAAGAGUACCAAACAGAUGGUCAUUUGUGGACGACCUCGUCAAAGAAGGGUCUACAUUUAUAUUCGUUGUAUUAACUGGAAUCAUUUUUGGUAGACCGCUUCCGGAAAACUCGCAAUUCUCGUUAAGCGUAGAUGAUGAUUACCAGAAUCUUGAAGAAAAUCAAGUUUACAGCCAGCUGCAGAGGUCUCUUGUUAGGCUACGAUUAGUGUUCGUCGUCUUGGCGUUACCGAGUAGUUCCCUGUGUGAAUCUUCUAGUACUACCAAGAUUCUGACCGACGAUUUUCGCUAUAUAGACAUGAGCUCGGAAGCAAGCGAGAAAUAAUAGGUCUCGAGAAUCUUGGUUGCCUAUUGCUUUGAAGUCACUACCCUCGUUGAUUUCCAAAGCCAUUCUACAACCUUUAUAUGGACAAAUUAGAGGAGAACGACAACCACUGCUUGAAAAAAAAGUAGUUCAUUAAUCAUAAUACUAGAGUUGUUAUAUGUGCACAGCAUAAUAGUCUUUAUAUAUCAGCAAAAAGUAUCAUAUAUUUUGAGUUGAAUUAAGACAUUGUAUUAGUUUUAAAUGCACCAGAAGUUUGUUAAUAAAUUAGUAUAUAAGUC